AUGGUCGAUCUGCCGCAGCAGCGCCAGCACCCUGUCCGCCCCGGCUCGAGCAAGGAGGCCAACCUGCUUGCCUGGGUUGAGGCCGCGGUCCUGCGCAUCAACCGGCGCCAUGCAAAGAAGUUCUCUGGAAUGCAAACCGACCCAGCCAGGGAACGGGGAAGAGAAGCAGCCGAAAAUGACAGCGAUGGUGAGAAUGUGCCGGGCUACGAGUCCUUUGGCGAAGUGGCGGCCGACAUCGAGCGCGUCCUGGACGUCCUCUGGGUCAGCAACACCCCAAGCAUCCAAGUGCCAUACAUGAUCACGCUGGCAGGUCUGGUCGACAGCUACCUGCGCGACUUUAGCUGGCAGGCCCGGUGCACCUUUGCGCUGCUGGACAAGCUGGACGCGAUGCUGGCAGCUCUCCUGACCGCCGACGAGGGCGAGGGCGGACAGAAGCGGUCGCGCUUCCCAUCUUGCAAGUCUGCCAAGAUCAUGACCGAUCCCAUCACCGGCCUCUCCCGCGGCUACGGCUUCGUCCGCUUCUCCGACGAGACCGACCAGCAGCGCGCGCUCUCGGAAAUGCAGGGCGUCUACUGCGGUAACCGUCCCAUGCGCAUCUCGACCGCUACCCCAAAGAACAAGGGUCCCGCCGGCCCUGGUGGCCCUGCUCACAUGGGCGUCCCCGGAGGCCCUCCUGGAGGCAUGUAUCCUCCCUCCAUGGGCGGUGCUGGUGGUCCUCCGGGACCCGGUGGCCCCCAGAUGGGCUACUACGGCGCCGCGCCCCAGCCCAUGAACCAGUUCACCGACCCAAACAACACCACCGUUUUCGUCGGUGGUUUGUCCGGCUAUGUUACCGAGGACGAACUGCGCUCCUUCUUCCAGGGCUUUGGUGAAAUCACCUACGUCAAGAUCCCGCCGGGCAAGGGAUGCGGAUUUGUCCAGUUCGUCCAGCGCCACGCUGCCGAGAUGGCUAUCAACCAGAUGCAGGGCUACCCCAUCGGCAACUCGCGCGUCCGUCUCAGCUGGGGCCGCUCCCAGAAUAACUCUGGUCCUGCCGGCACUCCAUACAGACCCGCGCCUCCACCACCACUCUACCCGGCCAUGGGUAUGCCCCCUGCUCAUCAGUACGGUGCCGGUUUCGCCCCUAUGAAGUGAAGAUAAUCUCGCCAUAAGAGAUCACACCCGAGUCCUCCGAGACUCCCGACCUUGAACUCUUUGUUUUAGCUCGCGCUUGUCUGUCUUGUUACUUGCUUGCUUUUUUUUUUCUAUCUACGAAACGGAAAAAAACACAACACGGUAUAACGGCUUUUCCACGUCAACAAUUGAACCCACGUCUAUUGCGUCUAACGUCUGCGUUUGCUCUUGAAGGGCGGUUCUUUAUGUUCUUCCUUCCCCUCGUUCUGUUGCGCUGUGUGUUGUCUUGCGUUGCCCUCUCCUUUUUUCUUUUUUUUUUUUUUUUUUUUAAUCCCUC